GCUCGGUCCGCCGCCUUCCCAUAAGGCCUUGCGCGAAGAUGGCGGCGCUGAGCGGCGGCGGAGCCCCAUGGCGGCGGGGCUGGCUGCCCGCCCUGCAGCUCGUCCGCCGCGGCUCCAAGGCGGUCACCCGCCACUGGAAGGCCAUGCACUUCCAGCGCCAGAAGCUGAUGGCCGUGACCGAGUACGUGGCCCCGCGGCCGGCCGUGCCGCCGAGCUGCCUGCCCCGCAAGAGGGAAGCCUCGGUGGAGGAGGACAACGGUUACGUGCGGCUGCUGCGGCGGCAGGUGGAGGAGGCGUUCCGGGAUAACCGGAUGAUUGCAGUGUGCCAGUACAACUCCAUGCCCGGGGAGGACAUGGUGCUGAUGAGGCACUACCUCCGCAAGCACAACAUCGAGGUCAAGUUCUUCCUCAACGAGGUUGUCAGGCCUGUGCUGUCGCAGUCCAAGUACAGGAAUCUCCUCCCUCUUUUUGUGGCCCGCAACAUCCUGCUGGUGAGCCCGGAAACGAAGGCGAAGGAGAUGCUGCGGGUGCUGAAGGGGGUGCCACAGGUCAACCUCCUGGGCGCCUGCAUCGACGACACCAUCCUGAGCAGGCAGGGAGUGGAGAACUUUGCCAAGCUGCCCUCUCUGGAGGUUGCCCAGGGGCAGGCGGUGGGUGCCUUGGCCCUCCUGCCCUCCCAGACGUCCUCCCUGCUCCAGGGCAGCUCCAUGCACCUCACGGCUCUCCUGGACCAGCACAUCCGCCGGCUGCAGGCGGGCGAGGAGGGAAGCCCGGCCCGGCCCGGCCCAGCGCAGAGCCCGCAGGAGGCUCAUUGAUGCCAGGACCCGGCCGUGCCCCUCGUGUUGGGCUCCUUCACGGGGGGGGUCGGGGAUUGAAGGUUUGGCAGCGGGGGGGCAGCCAGCGGUGGGUGUGACAGCACCAUCCUGGAGCCCUCACCCUUCCCUUUGCACCCAUGGCCCUGGGGAACAGCCCGGCUGUGGUUUGGGUGCUGCAGGUCGCCGGGAUCACCCAGUGGAAGCUGAGUGUGGGGGGGAGGAUUUUGGGUGCUCCCACCCCCCCCAGAACAGGGACAGCAAAGGGGGAGCGUGUUGUAACAACCAACUGCAGGAUCUUGCUGUGUCCAUUAAAGCAAGUGGUGGAGAUGCCA